AUGGAGGAAGAGUAUGAUGUAAUCGUCCUAGGGACGGGACUCAAGGUAAGUGGUACGAAUGAGGUAUCAUUAUUAUUAGAAUAGAAUGCACUGUACCACUUAAUGCUGUUCAGACUUAAAGAUAAAUCUUUCAUUCACUCACAGGGGCUUAUUCACUAAAAUAAGAAUUGCGAAGAAUUGAAAAGGAUAUUUUUUUCCAAAAAAAGCCAAGUAUAGAAAAAUACAUACAGUAUAAGGUGGAGUUUCUUCUUAUUUGAAUAGCUGUACUGUACGUAUUUUUAAGUUUGUUGUGAGGGUAAAGGGAAAACUAAGGUGUUUGAGUAUCUAUUAUUUUUUGUGUGUCUCACUGGGAUACUGUUAUUAUUUAAAGUAUAGAAAAAAUGUCUAAAAGUUUUAUCUCAACAUUCCCUUGUAUCUUUCUAGAAAACCCAGUUUAUUGAAUAAGCCACAAUAUUAUUUUAUUCCUCCUAGAGACACAAAAUAAUUGAUACUGUUAUUAACCAUUGCACCCCAUUAUUUUUAAGUGUUUAGUUUUGCAAAUUAUAUUAUAACAAGUACCCUUGUACAAGCCUUUGCCUAAAGAUUGUUGCAGACAGAAUGAAGUGGUUGUGCAAAUGAAUGAAGAUGAAUGUAGUUAAAUAUAGAAAGUACUAAACUACAUAAAUGAAAAAGGAGCAGUAUGUACAUGGUUUAGGUUACGAGGAUGGGGAGGCAGUGGCGUAGCGUGGGUUGUCAGCACCCGGGGCAAGGCAAGUAAUUUGCGCCCCCUAACCCGUGGAUUUUUUUUUUAUAUCUAUACACAUUGCAUUUUACUGCCCCCCAACCCCUCCCCCUAAAAAAAAUCUCCUUAUUACAAUACAUGAACAUAUUGAUUUACUGCCCCCACCCCUCCCCCUAAAAAUACAUUCCAUCAUUACAACUUAUUUUGCAUAUUUUUUUUAUAUAUAUAUGUACACAUUGCAUUUAUUGUACUGCGCCCCACCCAAAAAAACUCCCUCAUUAAAAUCUUUUUUUAAUUAUUUUGCAGAUUCUUUUUUUUAUCUAUACAGAUUGCAUUUACUGGCCCCCAACUCCACCCCCUCCCCUUAAAAAAAAUCUCCUUAUUACAAUACAUGAACAUAUUGAUUUACUGCCCCCACCACCUCCCCCUAAAAAUACAUUUCCACCAUUACAACUUAUUUUGCAGAUUUUUUGUUAUAUACACAAUUAACACAUUGCAUUUACUGCCCACUCCUCCUAAAACUAUAAUUUACUUUACAGUCAAUAUAAAAAAAAAAAAAAAAAUACUUACACUUCUCUGAACACUUUCUCUGAAGAUACCGGCAGCUGCUCUCUCAGGAUGCUCGACUAGGAGAAAGGGUGUGAGGGUGUUCCCGGCGUCCUUCAGGUGGAGGCUAUGCGCAUGCGCUGUUACCGCCCGUGACUCAUUUCAUGACGUCACGGUACGCGCUUGCGCAAGGGAGGUCAGAAGGAGGAGCCACCGACCAAUCCAGUCCGUCCUACACUAUGCGGCAAUGCCGGCCGCAUAGUGAAGGAUCGGAAUUCUGUAGCCACGGCCGGCGGGGCUCAAGAGAGGCAGCUGCCUUUAGCCCUGCGUUAAAGACGGCCCAGUGGACGUUUUUAACAUGCUUUAGGGCGGCCUGGGGGGCAAUUGCCUCCCUGCCCCCCGACCCAGCCCGCCCCUGCCUGGCACCCCCUCCUCCCCCUCCACAGUGGGCGGCGACCCGGCGGCUCGGAUCGGAUUCGCACAGCCAGCACUGCAGAGAGAAUGAGUGAGCCAGGCAGGGGCAGAGAGCUGCGAGUGCGAGCGCGCCCCCCCCAGAUGUUGCGCCCGGUGCGGCCGGCCCCCCCUGCAACCUCCACGCUACGCCUCUAAGGGGAGGUAGUAACAGGACAGACACCAAAGAGGUGCCAAUAAAAGUUAACUUUUAGUGAGAACUCUCUUAUACUGAGAAGUAUGGGUCCCUUAAAGUCAUUUCAAGUUGGGGACCUACAGUGCUUGUUAUGCAGUAGGUAUGAUAUUGCACUAUUAUUGAUCAAAUUAAAUGGACUUCUCAAACUGAUCUUCUAGCUAUGUUAUGCCCACUGGUGGCUAAUAUCGGCCCUAUUUGUGUGCCAUUUUUUGUGUGUUUAUUUCUAGCUGAAAUCAGGUCUAUGUUAGUAAAUUAUCCCCUUUCCAUCGUCGUCAGGAAACACCCUAUUGGCUGAACUUGUGUCCAAAUGCUUUUACGGAAAAACAAAGCCAUCUGACUAGAGUGCCAGGUGGCAUUUUUAUCUUGUUCAUCCCACAUGCAGCCCUUUACCAUGGUGUAGCAACAUAUUAUUGCUUAUUCAGCAGAUCCACUUCAAUUUUGAAUGGUCAAGCGGACAUGAGUAAAAACUGGCUGACUGACAAAUCUACUUGUAAUUGAAAUGAUAAACUAAUGGUAACAUAAUAUGUGUCAUGUAAUGAUAAGAGUGGGUGUGGGAUUGACUUGAUAUACUCUAAAAGGGAUUUUAUAUAUUUGAUAGCAGCAUAACAAGAAAUGCAGGUGUGUAGGCUACCAACAGCUUGUGGGUGGGGGGAGGCACAGACUGUCCACCCCUGCUCUACAGGUAAAAGUGGCUCAGUUGACGAUGGGCAUGCUGUCACGUCACCUCAUCUCCGUGGCUGCACUCUUGUGGAUUCCUUCCGAGAUCGCUUGGUCUGCUGGCAUUUUUAAGCUGCUAGGAGGAUUUGUGAUACCAUCUCUCAUUAAUGGCUUAUACUGUUAUCGAAUACGUCAGUGUAGGAUUAGUCUUAUUCCAACAAUAACAACCACAGGUUAGUUUUAUAAAGCUCUCCUAUAACCAAUGGCUGCAUAACCAAAAAAAAAAAAAAAAUACAAAUGCUUCACUGAUGACUGGUUACAGCUUUAAUCAGUGGCAAAAAUAAAAAAUGCAACACUUCAGUUAAAUUCAGAGAGGAACCUCCUGGCUACAGCACUGCAGCCUGAAUUGUAUGUAAUAAGCAACCAUAACUCUUUCAUUGCAGAUGACAUGUCAGGAUAUAACGUGCCUUAAACAAAACUUUGUUGUUAAGGACUUAAACAACUCAGAUCAUUCCUUAAUAAAAAUCACUUUGACAGACAUAAUAUUUAGGGAUGCUCCAGGCUGAAAUGGUGACCUUAACAGUGAGCUGUCACUAAACCACAAAGUGUAAUUUCUUUUAGUAAAUCCUAAAGUAUACAUUAUUGUCAAUGGGAACUCUGAUAAUUUUGUAUUGAUGGGAUAUAGAGAACAAUUCUUCUGUAAAUAACUGCAUGUAUAAUGCUUUGAACAAGGCGAAUGGUUCUACUUGUCGUGUAUCAUAUUAUGUGUAGUACAGAAAGAAGCAUACUUGGAGUGCAAUUAGGGAAAACCCACCCAAUGUGUGAUGUUUCUUUGAUGAAGCUUAAGUUAAUUUGGCCCACUUAUCUCUGCCACCAAAUGGUCCAUAUAUUAUCCAGGUGAUAUAACUCAACAGCGUCAUUGGGCAAAUUAAACAUUUGGCAGCCUUGGCAUUGUUUAUUUGGGGCUUUCUCCUACAGUUGGCCUAAGUUAACUCUGGUUCAUAGUUAGUGAAGAUUAUUAUUAUUAUUAUUUUAUUAUUAUUAUUUUUGACAUUUUAUAGUGCCAAUGUCUUUGCAGUGCUUUACAGUAUUAUAUAUAUAUAUAUAUAUAAAGGAAAUUUAACAAUAAGUGAGACAAUUUCAAAAUGUUACAGGAACAAUAGGUUGAUGAGGACUCUGCUCAACAAGCUUACAAUCUAGAGGAGGUAGGGUAUAAAAACACAAUAGGAAGGGUAUCAAGGGAAAUAGCAACAAAACAACAAGGUGAGAAAGUAACAGAACAAGAUAAGAGUAGAGUGUGGCCCUUUAGGAUAGAGCAAUAUAUUAUUUUUGACAUUUAUAUAAUGCCAACGUAUUCUUCAGAGCUUUACAAUAUUAUAAAAGGGGGGAAAUUAACUUGCACAUCUUCAACUGGGGCAUAUUGACAUCUUAUCAAGAGACAGCCACUGGAGACUGGAUUAACCCUAACAUACACAUAGCAGUUUCUCUGAAACUGCUAUGUUUAUUAAAAAAAGGGUUAAACCUAGCUGGACCUGGCACCCAGAACACUUCAUUAAGCUGAAGUGGUCUGGGUGCCUAUAGUGGUCCUUUAAGCAAAUUACAUUAUCCAGUUCAGACAAGGCAAAGCCAGCUUGUACAUUGCAAAUUAAUAGGGUAAAUAGAAACAUUUUAUAAUUUCACCUCUUCUCUGUUUGUUUUCUCUAUGCUGACUGAGAUGCUGAGGACAGGCGUUAUUUCAAUGACUGACAGGCAGCUAUCAUGGAGGCAUCUAUUUGCAAGAUAAAGAGGUGUUGAUUGCUAAAUGUUCUGUUUUUCCACACCCCUCAAAGACACAUUUGUUAAAUAGAGGGAUUAAUACAACAUAUUAAAAAAUCGAAUUGAUAGUUGCUCUUUAAAUUCAGUGUGGUUGUGUGCUGACCUGACCAAUAUGGCUUCUGCUUUGCAACCUUUAUCAUUAUCGAAUUUUAUGUUUUAUGUUAAUAUCCUAACUUUGUAAUGUUCUGUAUAAUUACAGUCUUUAGGAAAUAAUGCAUUUUUAAUUUCAGCAGAUGUUUGAGUAAUGCAUUUUUUUUGCCUUUUUUUUUUUUUCAUCCAUAGGAAUGUGUAUUAUCUGGAAUAAUGUCUGUGAAUGGGAAAAAGGUUUUGCACAUUGAUCGGAAUGAUUACUAUGGAGGGGAAAGUGCAUCAAUCACGCCACUCGAAAAGGUGUGAGGCUUAUUUACAAUAUGGUGCAGUUUUUAAUAGUACUAUCUUUAAUUGGUGAAAACUAUGACAGGGAUAGAUUCCAUAUAACGUAAAUGUGCCAGACAUUUAAUGUAAACGUUACUGGUGGCAUAAACAGAAGGUAGCACUUAUUGGCCUGUGAUAAGAAAUUUCUGGUGGAGCACCUUGUUGCUGUCUAUGUAGAGGUUUACUCCUUAAUCCAAGCACCAAUACUACUUUAGGAAUUUAUAGUGGUCAUGGUGCCAUUUUGCUUUGAGCUGCUGCACAUAUAGAGUUUAAAGGGACACUACAGGCACCAAAUUAACUUUAUCUUAAUGAAGCAGGUUUGGUGUAUUGAUCAUGCCCUUGGAGUUUCACUGCUCAAUUAUCUGCCACUUAGGAGUUAAAUCAAAUUAAAGGGAAGCUAUAGGGCCAGGAAAACAAAGUUGCUUCCCUCUACCCCCACCCCUCCCCCUCACCCUCCCCUGCCAUGCAGAAGUGGUUAAAAAAACAUUCUUUCACUUACCUAGGGCCAGCGUCGAUGUCCGUUGGCACUGGCUCGAGUCCUCCUCUGCUCCUCCCCUGCCGACGAUAGAUCUAAUGUGCAUGCGUGCCAAUGGCCGGGCUCGCAUUAGGAUUUCCCCAUAGGAAAGCAUUAUACAGUGCUUUCUUAUGGGCAUUCAGGUGACACUGGAUGUCCUCAUGCAUAGCGUAAGGAUGUCCAGCAUCAGUUAGGCGACCAAAAGUUGCUUAACGGCCCAGAAGUCCUUCCAGUGGCUGUCUAGUAGACAGCCACUAGAGAUGGAAUUACCCCACAAAGCUAAUUAUUGCAGUUUAUAAAGAAAUAUGCAAUAAUUAGCUUUGCAGGGUUAAGUGUGCUGGGACACUGCACUCAGACCAUUUCAACAAGCUGAAGUGGUCUGUGUGCUUAUAGUGUCCCUUUAAGACAUAUUUAUAUCUCAGCUAAUUUGCUUAAAAUGUCAAAUUCCUUUUCCAGUUCACAAUAAAUAGUUGCUGGUUUAGCCAGGGUUGCAUUGAUGGCUACACUUUACUAAACAUUCCUGUCUAUAAAAGAGCAGCUUACCUUCAGGAAUAAUGGGAGUUAAAGGGACACUAUAGUCACCAAAACUAUUUUAGCCUAAUGAAGCAGUUUUGGUGUGUAGAUCAUACCCCUGAAGUUUCGCUACUUAAGUCUCUGCCAUUUAUAAGUUAAAUCACCAUUGCUUCUGUUUAUAGAGUCCUAGCCAUACCUCCCUUGGCUCUGACUUAGACAGCCUGCAUUAAAAAAAGGGUUUAAUUUUCAGUCAGAUGUUAACUUGCUUUAGAAGUUAUCAACUCCUGCUCUGUAAAUUGAAUUUUAAUCACACACAGGAAACUCCUGCAAUGUCUAGCAGGUUAUUAACAGUGCAUGAGAUAUGAAAAUCUACAUUAAACAGACUGUGCAAUAAAGGACGUUUAAACAUUAGAUCUCAAGUUACAGGAAGUGUUUCGGUAGGCUGUGUAAGUCAGAUACAGCGAGCUUUGAUUAGGGCUGAAUAAACAAAGUGAUUUAAUCCUAAAUGGCAGAGAAUUGAGCAGAGACACUCCAGGGGCAUGAUCACCAAAACUGCUUCAUUACGCAAAAGUUGUUUGGGUGACUAUAGUGUCCCUUUAAUAAUAUUUAAAGCCACUUUUGUGUCUUUUUGUCCUCUAAGCAUAACCAUUACAAAAAACACUUUUAUAUGGUGUUUGUAUUUGGUAUGAGAGAACGUUACAACUGAGACAUUACAACUGUUUUGUCUCUGCACAACUUUGACUCCUUGUGCCUUUUCAUGAAAGAUGUCGAAGGCAUACUCAUUCAUUCCAAGUAGGUAAAUUAUGUUAGUAGCAAAUAAUUACUAUGAAUACCCAGCCAAUGUGUCUAUACUUUCUCAUUUUAGUUGAGCAUUUGAAAAGGUGAAAGAUGCCCUUCGACCCUUUCAAUGUUGAUGCCAUGUGUAUCAGGAGCUAUUGAACAGUUUUAAAUAAAAGCUUGCAUCCAACUGGAAACUAUUUUAACAAUUGUGUUUACAUGUCAGUAACAUUACAUUUUAUAAGAAUAAAGAUGCUGCUAAGAGGUUUCAAGAUCUUUCUCCUGGGAAGUCUCUAAUUGUAUUAUACUCUGUCUCUCCAGCUGUAUCGAAGAUUUAAUGUCAUCGGACCUCCAGAACCAAUGGGUAGAGGGAGAGAAUGGAAUGUGGAUCUCAUUCCAAAGUUCCUGAUGGCCAAUGGUAAGGAAACAUCUAGACAAAGAUUGUUUGUAAAAAAAAAAAAAAAUGCCCUCAGUGCAGUUCUCUUAUAAGAAGUAAAGUAAAGUUGUACUGACCAUAUUCAUUUAGUUUUAAGGGGACGCUCCAAAAACGCUAUCUUAAUGUACUGUUUUUGCUGCAAAAAGACCAACCUACCUGCCUUCUGAAAUAUGUAAAGAUUGCCAUUUGCAAUGUUUGCAUUUGUAAUUUAGACUUCCUUUAGUAGCUCUCAAUCAACAGCUAUCCCAAUUAUUGAAAGUCUUCACAAUCAGUAUCAAACGAUAUUAGUUUAGUUCAUUUUCCUGGAUUCAAUUCUCCUCUAUUAGAAGCAUCCUAUUGAUGGAGCAUGGCAGUUGCUGUACAUGUGUGAUAGGGCCCAAAUGUAUCUCUAUGAAAAGCAUUAGCUUGGCCAGAGAUCAUCAGUAAUGAAUACAAUACACAGCAAUUAAAUAUGUGUUCUUAUCAUGGUAAAAAUAUAUAAAAUAUAUCUAAAGUGGGGAUAUAUAAGUGUAAAAGUCUAAAGCAAGAGUAGGAAAAAGGAUAGUAAGAGUACAACAUUUUAUCUAGAGUUCAUGUAAGUACCCUAGGAGAUUUAGUUUUCCAAGAACUUUGAGAUUUACUAGCACUAAUAAAGUGCAUCUCCCUUAAUGUUUCUCUUCCUUUUUCUCAUCCUGUUAGGACAGCUGGUGAAAUUGCUUCUCUACACGGAAGUGACUCGAUAUAUUGACUUCAAAGUGGUUGAUGGGAGUUAUGUCUAUAAAUCAGGGAGGAUUCACAAAGUCCCAUGCACAGAGGAUGAAGCUCUGGCUUCAGGUUAGUUCAUAUAUCCAGCAAAUAAUUUGCGAACUCAAUGUACCAAGUCAAAUGAAAAAGAUCCCUUUAAUUAUUAAUUCAAUUAGAUUCUUUUCCAGUUAAAAUAUGAUAAGAAUAUAUCAAUAGUUAAAUAUGAUUCAAAAUGUAUACUGAUUCUAUUGUCUUGAUAACCUUGUUAAGAGUGAUGGAGAAAUUUACAUUCAGAUUUUUUUUUUCUUGGCUGCAGACCUACUGGGUAUAUUUGAAAAGAGACGAUUUAGAAAAUUCUUAGUUUUCGUAGUAAACUUCAAUGAGCAUGACGCAAAGACGCACCAAGAUAUUGACCCCAAAAAGAUGACCAUGCGGGAGCUUUAUAGAAGGUUUGACCUGGGUCCAGACAUUAUGGCCUUCACUGGUCAUGCUCUCGCCUUGUACAGAACUGAUGAGUGAGUGAAGAUUGCUUUUCAAGAGUAGCCUUUAGAAUUUUUAACUAGAUUGGAGUAGAGUCUCAUUAACCCUUUGAGCAAUGUGAGCAGAACAUUACUUUACUGAUUUGGAUAAAUUGGGGGAUUGUACACUCAAACGACAGUUAAAAUUUAAUGUAGAUAAUUGCAAAGCUAUGCACUUUGGGGUAAAGAAUGCACAAGCCACUUACACACUAAAUGGUAGUGAAUUAGAGUUAACAAUACACAAAACGGAUUUGGGAAUUGUUAUAGAUAACAAACUAGGCAACAAUAUGCAAUGUCAAUCAGCAAUUGCUAAGGCCAGUAAGAUAUUUUCAUGUAUAAACAGGGGCAUUAAUUCUCAGUAUGAAAAUAUCAUUUUGACUCUAUAAUAAAUAGGACCACACCUUGACUAUGCUGCUAAUUUAUUUUGGAACCUUAAAAUUAAUGAGAAGCAUGGAAUAUUUUAGUUAUGAAGAAAGGUUGCCAAAUGUUUAGCUUAGAGAAACAGUGCCUCAUAGGGGAUAUGAAAGGGGAUAUGAUAGUAUUAUACAACUAUCUUUGGGGGCAUAACAAACCAUUGUCUGUAAAUCUAUUUUGUGGACAGUUGCCUGAUGUCCCCAAAAACAGUACACCAAGGAACAAAGUGGGGACAGUAGGGCAAAUGCCUUUUUAAAGCAAGGCAUUUGUAAAAUAUCUCAUGUAGACCUCCCAAACAUCCCAAUUUUGAUGGGAGAAUUAUGAUUUUCAUGUUCUGUCCUACCGCCCCCUCUUUGUUCUUUGGUGUACUGUUAUUGGGGACAUCAGGCAACUGUCCCAAUAAAGUGUAGUGCCUGCGCAUCUACUGAGCUAGACUCAGGGCACUAGAACCUUUCAAACAGCACUGAAAGAGUGCUCCCUGCAAGUUUCUGGACACAAGGUCACACAUUUAGACUGGAAGAAAGGAGAUUUAGUCUAAGGCAUAGUAAAGGGUUUUUACAGAAAGAACAAUAAGGAUGUGGAAUUUUGUGCCUGAAGUGGUGGUUUUAUCAGAGUCUGUACAGAUGUUUAAACAGCAACUGGAUGAAUACUUGGAAAAACACAAUAUUCAGGGAUAUACUUUUUACUAGGGAUAAGAGCUUUUUAAUUCAAGAAGAGAUCUGACUACCAUUGUGGGAACAAGAAUGUUUUUUGUCUUCUUUUGGAUUAACAGCAAAAACAGAUUUAAGAAAGACUGAUCUAUAACUAUAUAAGAUAACAUCAACGUCCAUCCUACCUCCAGAAACAGUACAGUAGUAACAAAGCAAAGCUCUAAAUGUAGUCUGCUUAUAUUUUUUUCAUGUAUGUUAUCGCUGGAUACUUCAGUAAGUGGUUAAACAAUAUUUUUAGCUGAGAUAUCAGAUCUUUUUGGAGCAUAAUGUUCAGACAAAACAUUUCUCAUUUACACCCACAGCCUAGCAAUACCCUUUCCCAACAAUGCACUGGGUAUUAAAGAUGCUCCCUAAAAUGUGUCUAUUUUUUUUACACAGCUAUUUGGAUUUGCCGUGUUUGGAGACAAUUAACCGGAUCAAACUGUACUAUGAAUCUUUGACUAAGUACUGUAAGAGCCCUUAUCUAUACCCACUGUAUGGACUGGGAGAGCUACCUCAGGGAUUUGCAAGGUAAGGAACCUUGGUAUUAUACCUCGGGUGGAAAUGCUAUUCAAAACCAGAAUAUAUGUCAAGGACCCCAUAUAAUAACAACAGGAUAUCUUACUAUUGAUAUACUAUAUAUCUUCUGGGGAGGUAGAACACACCCACAAACAUGUCCUGCUCCUUUGCAAUAUUCACCUUGUGACUACUUUCUAGUUAUCUCUUAUAAAGGAUCUGAGACUGCCUAGUCUUCCCUAUGAUAUGUUAAGCAUUUUAGUAGGAGUAAGGAAAGCAAUAAUCUAAUACUGGCAAGCCUAUCUUUUUUGCACAUCAUAUGCACAUUUUCAAAGCAAGGCAUUUGUAAAAUAUCUCAUGUAGACCUCCCAACCAUCCCAAUUUUGAUGGGAGAGUCACGGUUUUCAUGUUCUGUCCUUGGUGUACUGUUUUUGGGGACAUCAGGCAACUGUCCACAAAAAGUGUAGCACCUGCGCAUCUACUGAGCUAGACUCAGGGCACUAGAACCCUUCAAAGAGCACUGAAAGAGUACUCCCUGCAAAUCCUACCCUCAAUGGACCUCCCUUCUUGAUUGGCAGGUCACUAGCCUGCCCCCCUCCCACCUGUUUACGGACGUGGGGGGGGAUAUAUACAAUGUUGUAAUAACCUAUAGUAGUUUAUUCACCAAAAAUAAAAUUGCAUCAUAUUUUCAAGGUAAUUGCACAUUUUAAAACAUAAUAGCCAAAGCAUAAGUAUAACUGAGUUGGGAAAUUAUGCUAGUUUAGUUAUUCUGACUAAGUGUGUAAUUUUUUGGUAAAAUGGCCACAUUUUCAUGUUAAGUGAAAAAAUUCAUAGCUUUUAUGUGCAUCAAAUUCCUUUGAGUUUAGCAGUGAAUUUACCUGAACUAGAUUCAAAAAGUACAACUUCUAAUACUAAACUUAAUAUUGCUAUUCAUAUGAUGCACAGAAAAUGGUUUUUAUUUAGGCAUGAGUUUAAAUAUGAAUGUGAUCAUAGAAAACCCAUUUCUUUUCACGUGUUAUAUUUGCUACCUAUUUCCUUGUAGGCUGAGCGCUCUGUAUGGAGGGAUCUACAUGCUCAAUAAACCUGUGGAUGAGAUCAUAAUGGAAAAGGGACACGUGGUUGGUGUGAAGUCUGAGGGAGAGGUACAUCAUAUUUGUCUAACUCCUAUCUCUGUGCCUGUCAUAUUAAACAUCAGCGAAGGAAGGCCUGCCAUGCAGCUGCUAGUUCCACCAACUUGGCAUAUGGUUGACCAGUUACAGGGUUACUCCAACCGUUUUUUGGAUUUCUUUUUUUGUUUAUAGUGCCAAACUGGGCACUAUAUAAUAGGUUACCAACUGUAUUAAAAAUAAAAGUCGCAAAAUAAUAGUUUAAAACUUUCCUGGAAUCCAGCACUGGGCAAGGUUCUUGCGUGCCCCGUCUGAGGUCCAAUUAAAUGCAGAGAGAGAAAUGUUUCCCCUUGCAGGCGGCUGACACAGGAAGCACCUCUAGUUACCAUCUGAGUGACUGUCACUGGAGGUGCCCCUAGAGAGCAAUUUUCUCUGAAAAGGCAAUGUUUACAGCAAGCAUGUCAAACUCAAAGGCUAGCACGGGCCAAAUAAACAAGGUUUAAGUUUAUGUGGGCCGCAAAACAAAAGCCUUAAAUUUUCAUAUAAAUGUAGGUUUCUUUUGAAAAGUACAGUAUAAAAAAAAAAACUGCACCCCCCUCUUCUAAACCCCAGCACCCUCCUCUACUAAAACCCAGCCCCCCUCUACUAAACUCCAGUCUCCCCCUCUAUACUAAAUCUCAGACCCACCCCCCUUCUACUAAAUUCCAGCACCCCCCCUUUACUAAACCCCGGGUCCUGUUUAAAAAAACAAAACAAUAUUAGCCAACAAGCAGACUCCACUCACAUUGCCGCUACCAAUAUGUGACUCCGGUGUCCAGCCUCUGUUAUAACCCCAGUUGCGCUGUCCGCACCCCGUGCCAAAGCGGAUCCUCCCGCUACUCCUUGAAACCCUGUGAAGGUGGAGCACGUUGACGUCACGUCUGAAUGUGACGUGGCGUUGGGUGCCUCCGUGCACCUCCAGGUCCUCCACUAUCCAGCCGCGACCAUCAGAACACAGACACAUGCACUGACAGACACACACACUCACUGACAGACACACACACACACACACUGACACACACACUCAUUGACAGACACACACACACACACACUCACUGACAGACACACACACACACACUCACUGACAGACAGACACACUCACUGACAGACAGACACACAUACACGUACACACACACACACACUGAGAGACACACACACACAUUUACACAUUCUUGCACACACUCACAAAUCAGUUUAUUUAUUGCACCCUACCUUUGGGUGCCUCUGUGGGGCCUCUCCCUGGUGUCCAGUGGGAUCUUCUCUCCUCAGGCGCGCAGUUUAGUGAUGCCCGGCUGGAAUGACAUCAUAUUCCGGCAUCACUAAAGAGGUCGCACACGAGGGAGCAGUGAGGAGCAGGAAGACUGAGCUCCCUUGCUGCCGCCAACGAUCUUUCCUCCCGGCCAGGUAAAUUUUAGCAGAGUAGGCACCUGCAAUGUGGGGAGAGCAGGUGCCUACUCUGCCUUAAAAUGUGAAACCCGCUGCUAGCCAGGCUGCAAAGACAUUGUUUGUGGGCCACUAGUUUGACAUGCUUGGUUUACAGCAAAAAGACUGCAGGGGCUAUACUCACCAGAACAAGUACAUUUAGCUGUAGUUGUUUUGGUGACUAUAGUGUUCCAUUAAUGAGCUUUGUAGAACUGUGAACCGUGAAUUCUAUUCUUUUACCAUCAGUGGAUUAAUUAAACUAUAAUUUUAGUUUAUUCAUUUCUAUGUUAAGUUACCAUAUAGUCUUUCAAAAACAAAUGGCAUACACAACUAGUAACUCUAUUAUUUUCUUGUACAGUAUGUGGCGCAACCCAAAUAUUGUACCAUCCAUAGAACAGUGGUUCCCAAACGUUUUAGGUUCAAGGCGCCCUUAAUAUUUAAAUAUUUUUCCAAGACACCCCAAGUCAAAACAAUUUUCUAGGUUGUAUAUAUGUACAGCGCUGCGGCAUAUACUUGGCCCCUAAUCUUGGGAGUGGCACUGGUAGAUUAUUUAAACAAACAAUCCAGGCACAAUAACCACUACAUUACAUUGUAGUGGUUAUAGUGCCAGUAGUGCCCUCCCUAGGUAAGUAGUCAAACUGUUUAAGAACAGUUUGACAGCUUACCUGGGGUCUGGGUUGUGUGUGUGUGUGUGUGUGUGUGUGAGGUGUGCAAUAUGUGUGUGUGUGAGGGGUGCAGUGUGCAUGUGUGUGAGUGGUGCAGUGUGUGUUUGUGUGUACAGGGGUACAGUGUGUGUGUUUGUGUGUGUGUGUGUGUACAGGGGUGCAGUGUGCAUGUUUGUGUGUGAGGGAUACAGUGUGUGUAUACAGGGAUGCAUUGUGUUUGUGAAGGAUGUAGUUUGUGUGUGAGGGGUGCAGUGUGUGUAUGUGUACAGGGGUGCAGUGUGCAUGUUUGUGUGUGAGGGAUACAGUGUGUGUGUACAGGGAUGCAUUGUGUUUGUAAAGGAUGUAGUUUGUGUGUGUGAGGGGUGCAGUGUGUGUGUAUGUGGGGCAGUUUGUGCAUGAGGGGUACAGUGUGUGUGUGUGUGUAGGAUAGUAGGUUGUGUGAGGGGUACAGUGUGUGUGGGGGGGCAGGUUGUGUGAGGGGUACAGUGUGUGUGUUGGGGGAUACAGUGUGUGCGUAUGGAGGGGCAGUGUGUAUGGGGGGUAGUGUGUGUGUAUGGAGGGGCAGUGUGUAUGGGGUGUAGUGUGUGUGUAUGGGGGCCAGUGUGUGUGAAUGGCGGUAAGUGUGUGUAUGGGGGGCAGUGUGUAUGGGGCAGUGUGUGUGUAUGUGGGGUGUGUGUAUAGGGGGUAAUUCUGUGUAUGGGGCAGUGUGUGUGUAUGGGGGUAAUUGUGUGUAUGGUGGGUGUGUGUAUGUGGGGUAGGUGUGUAUGUAUGGGGGCAGUGUGUGUGUAUGGGGUAGUGUGUGUAUGGGGGACAGUGUAUGUAUAUAUAGGGCAGUGUGUGGGGGCAGUGUGUGUGUGUGUAUGGAUGGUAGUGUGUGUAUGGGGGGCAAGUUGAGUUGAGUGACUGUAAGAGAAAAAAGGCCAGAUGUCAAAACUCAGUGAUUAACAAAGUAAUAUCAAUGUGACUAUAUGGCUCUCAUCUCUAUCUCAAUAUGAUUUCACAAAUUAAUAAAAUAGUCUUCAUUGUCUCAAAUGCUGCACUGGAAGUGUGUGUGUAUGGGGGCAGUGUGUGUGUAUGGGGAUAGUGUGUGUAUGUGGGAUAAUGUGUGUGUAUGGGGGUAGUGUGUGUGUAUGGGGGAUAAUGUGUGUAUGGGGGUAGUGUGUGUAUGGGGUAGUGUGUGUAUGGGGGCAGUGUGUGUGUGUAUGGGGGGGCAGUGUGUGUGUAUUGGGAAGCUAUUGUCGGGUGUGGGGUCUGUGGGGGUAGGAGAACAAAUUAAUAAAUAUAUAUAUACAUAUAUAUAUAUAUUUUUUUAAUUAAAAAUAAAAAUGUCUUCCCUCCCUGCUUACCUUUGUCUGGGAGGUGGGACAUUUCCUGCCAUCCCUGGUGGUCCUGGUGGUGACAGUGAACUCUAGCAGCCUCAGGAGCUGCUAGAGUUAACUCUCGCGAGAUUCGGAGCAUUGCCAUGGUAACCUCGGCAAAGCUCUGAGCUCGCGAGAGGAGAAUCCGGCGGAGCUGAAUGUUAGAGCUCCCCGAGUCCUCUCCUGCAGAGCCGGCAGGGGAGAGCACAGUUUACACCACGACACACAGUUUGGGAACCGCUGAUAUAGAACAAUGCAAUUGCCAGCACCAUGGACCUACCUAUGUUAUGGCUUUCCUUUACAUUAUCCCUCUCUCUUUUACAGUACCAUAUAAUAGAAUUUUCCCAGUGGGCAUAUGUAGCAUUGGGAGCUACCUAAUCACCAUACCCUAGUGUCAGUACCUUGUCUGAUUUCUUUCAGAUUGCACACUGUAAAAAGUUAAUUUGUGACCCCAGCUAUGUACCUGACCAGGUGAAGAAGAUUGGACAAGUUAUACGAGUUAUAUGCAUACUCAGCCACCCCAUCAGGAACACCAAUGAAUGCACGUCUUGCCAAAUAAUCAUCCCCCAGACACAGGUCAACAGAAAAUCAGGUUGGGUGCACAACAAGGAUAACAGCUCUAUUUAAGAAUUAGUGUGGGUGUUGCUUGGCUUACAAAAUAACUUUUUGUUGAGAAAAAAGGCCAGAUGUCAAAACUCAGUGAUUAACAAAGUAAUAUCAAUGUGACUAUAUGGCUCUCAUCUCUAUCUCAAUGUGACUUCACAAAUUAAUAAAAUAGUCUUCAUUGUCUCACAUGCUGCAGCACUGACUUCCAAACAGCACACAAUAGGCAUUGCAAUCAAAAGUAAAUAGACGAAACAGUCUAUCAAAUGGAAAGAACUAUUCAAUUAUUUUUCUCAGAAUUUGUAAAGUAGGUAAUGUUUAUAAUAUUGCUUGCACAUUCACUAGAUCACUACCUAUACUGAGUCUAGAGUCAGAAAUUAGGCGAAUAAUCAUGAGUUUUGUAUCUAUUGGGAUAAUUCCUGGUAUGCAUAGAAGAUCUUUUCAUACCAUUUUUUUUUUACAUUUUUAUUACAUAAUAACUGAAGCACGAUAAGAAGGGGAAGUUAGUCACCCUUUAAGAUACCUACAGUGAGGGAAUAGAGUAUUUGAUCCCCUACUGAUUUGAACGUUUGUCCGCUGACAAAGAAAUGAUCAGUCUAUAUUUUUAAUGGUAGGUGUAUUUUAACAGUGAAAGACAAAAUAAAAUCCAGAAAAACGCAUGUCAAUGAGUGAAAUAAGUAUUUGAUCCCCAAUCAUUCAGCAAGAUUUCUGGCUCCCAGGUGUCUUUUAUACAGAAAAUGAGCUGAGAUUAUGAGCACUUUCUUAAAGGAAGGGCUACUAAACUCAGCUCGUUACCUGUAUAAAAGACACCAGUCCACAGAAGCAAUCAACCAAUCAGAUUCCAAACUCUCCACCAUGGCCAAGACCAAUGAGCUGUCCAAUGAUGUCAGGGACAAGAUUGUAGACCUACACAAGGUUGGAAUGGGCUACAAGGCCAUCGCCAAGCAGCUUGGUGAGAAGGUGACAACAGUUGGUGCGAAUAUUCACGAAUGGAAGAAACACAAAAUAACUGUUAGUCUCCCUCGGUCUGGUGCUCCUUGCAAGAUCUCACCUCGUGGAGUUUCAAUGAUCAUGAAAACAGUGAGGAAUCAACCCAGAGCUACACGGGAGGAUCUCAAGGCAGCUGGGACCAUAGUCACCAAGAAAACAAUUGGUAACACACUACCCCAUGAAGGACUAAAAUCCUGCAGCUGCCUCAGGGUCCCCCUGCUCAAGAAAGCACAUGUACAGGCCAUCUGAAGUUUGCCAAUGAACACCUGAAUGAUUCAGAUGAGAGCUGGGUGAACGUGUUGUGGUCAGAUGAGACCAAAAUCGAGUUAUUUGGCAUCAACUUAACUCACCGUGUUUGGAGGAGGAGGAAUGCUGCCCAUGACCCCAAGAACACCACUUUGGGAGUGUUUUUCUGCUAAGGGGACAGGACAACUGCACCUCAUCCAAGGGACGAUGGACGGGGCGAUGUACUGUCAAAUCUUGAUUGAGAACCUCCUUCCCUCACUUAGGGCAUUGAAAAUGGGUCGUGGAUAGGUAUUCAAGCUUUACAAUGACCCAAAACACACAGCCAAGGCAACAAAAAAAAGAGCUCAAGAAGAUGCACAUUAAGGUCCUGGAGUGGCCUAGCCAGUCUCCAGGCCUUAAUCCCAUAGAAAAUCUGUUUGAGUUGCCAAACGUCAGCCUCGAAACCUUAAUGACUUGGAGAGGAUCUGCAAAGAGGGGUGGGAUAAAAUCCCUCCAGUGAUGUGUGCAAACUACAAGAAAUAUCUGACCUCUGUGAUUGCCAACAUGGGUUUUGCCACCAAGUACUAAGUUGAAGGGGUCAAAUACUUAUUUCACUCAUUGACAUGCAAAUCAAUUUAUAAAAUUUUUUGACAUGCAUUUUUCUGGAUUUUUUUGUUGUUGUUAUUCUGUCUCUCAGUGUUAAAAUACACCUACCAUGGGGGGCGGAGCUUAGCCAAUGAAGCAAACGGUCGCAUGUCCCUGGAGCUCCGGCUUCUAAGCUAUUGAAAACCCACUAUCCGACGAAACUAUCACUACUAAGGGGACCUGGGAGACGCCUCCAGUGCGCCCAGACACCAUAGGUCGAAAUUCUAAAAAGCGCAAGUCAGACAGACCGAGCAUGGGGCUGAACAUCAGGGAAAUGUGGUGGCGGGCGCAGGGCGCACACGGGCCUAAGAUAGCCACCCUCACAGGAGGAUGCUCGGAUUUCUCGGACAAGCUCUCCUUGGACAAGGCCAUUCCGAGGCCGAAAACAGGUCCAACAAACCCAGACACAGCUUCGGUCACCACUGCAGUUCUCAGGGAGCUUCUGACUGACCUGAAAACCACUCUCCAGGCGGACAUAGCAACGAUCCGCGGAGGCUUGCAAGGCCUGACGGGCCGCAUCGGAGCCCUGGAAGAAGCCACACAAACUGGCACACAGCGCAUGAACACACUGCAACAAGAGGUCAGAGACCUACAGAACCAAAUCAAAUAUAUGACUGCCGCUUUACGGCGCAAGACGACACCAGACGACGGAACAAUAUUAAAAUCAGAGGGAUCACAGAGGACAUACCUGAAGCUGAACUGCCACACUUACUGAGGAGACAAUUAGCACCCUGCUAUCACCGCGACAAGCAAAAACCGUAACGCUGGACGGCCUCUUCCACAUCCCCAAGCCGGCUAAGGCACCGUCUGAAGUCUCAAGAGACCUGGUGGUCCAAUUCCGGUCUGGGACCGACAAAGCCGCGGUCCUCCAGGCCCUUAGGGGAACUCCCCAAUACCAAUUUGCUGGCAUUGCUGGCCUUUUACCAGGACCUAUUGAAUAGCACCCAAGCCUGGUGGAGGUCUCUCAGGCCACUUACCUCACUCCUACAGCAACGGAACAUAAGUUACCGCUGGCGUAUGCCCCGCACCCUCGUGAUAACCCAGGGAGAAUCCACACACAUGCUCCAGGACAUUCAAGACUUAGGUACACUCUUACAAGCCUUGGGCCUGCUGCAGGAAUGUCUGAGCAGCAAGGAUCCCGCCACCGCCUCCCGGCCACCACAAACGUGGAACCCAGCGACAGCCGCCCCGUUCACCCCACGGCGGACCUAACCGCAGCAGCAAAAACCUGAAGCAACAUCUUAACCAGCCCUCUCUAAUAGGACUAUGUUUAUUGUUUAAUGCACGGUCUUAGUUAAACUUGGCUUUCUUCCAAUACGAUGCCUUCUUAACACUACACACUCCUGCUGAAUUGACGCUGUAGACAGGGCAGCUAUGCCGCGCAUCCCCCCCCUCCGGAGCCUCACCGACUAGACCACCUUACGACUUACACAUGGGAGGCAACAAAAGCUAUGCUACACACAUCCGCAUCCCCUGCACUAACACAACUGACACACGGACGCACAAGUCAGGUGGGAUCACAUCCCAGUAAAUCUAUGCCUUGCCCCAAAUAUGUACCUGACCGUACUCAAACAUCGCAUGUACACAAGUUGGCCAGCCCCACACACAACACUGCAUAACUGUGAACAGAUGGCCGAGACACGAAGACAUUACCAUUGCCGCUUUGGCAGCCGUUUUAAUGCCAGCAACAUAACGGAGCACUCUAUUGACACUUAAACUAAUUACCAAGCCUUUCUUAAAAAAAUAAAAAUAUUAUUGCUGAACCUGAUUGCCAUGAACUUGUUUAUGAUGUUUUGAUUUUACGACUGGUACUCGCUGUUGUGGCGCUACCAGAAUGUUUGUUAUCUAGUAAGCACGGAAAAAAUAAAGAAUAAAAAAAAAAAAUACACCUACCAUUAAAAUGAUAGACUGAUCAUUUCUUUGUCAGUGGGCAAACAUUCAAAAUCAGCAGAGGAUCAAAUACUUGUUUUCCCUCACUGUAUACUCAUACUCAGAACCAGAAAGAGUUGCAUGUGUCAUUUUUGAAAUUUCAAGACAUAUUAACAAGAUUUGUGUUAAAAAGUGUGUUAUAUUUGAACAUGUUAUUCUCAUGAAAUGUUAUAUCCACUAAUACUAUCUUGAUUAAUAAAAAAUGAUUGGGAAAAAAAAGUAUGUUAGCAUUAUGCACUGCUCAACUAAUAUAUUAAAAAAUUUUUUGACAAUCUUUAUUUAUUAUAUUAUGUUUAACAAGAAGUGCAUUAGAGACAGGACAUGGUAGAAGCGAAAUGUUGUCAUCUAAAAUUUGCCAGUUAAUAACUUCAAUAUAUUCCAUAUUUGAUAGGUAUCGUGGAUUUGGUGAAUCUGCAAGCAAUAUUUAGAGAUUCCUGCUUUUCAAAUUCAGAGCAGAACAGAAUGGACUGUUGUUUCCAUUUGAUAGGCUACUCAAGUUAAGAUUUAAAGAGUAAUUUUAAGUACAUAAUAGCAAACUUGAUGUUGCGUAGACCACCAUAGCUUAGAACUACAACUAUUUGUAAAAAUCACACAGCUCUAAGACAGACCCUCUGAGUUUUUGGAAUCUCUCUUGGGUUAAGUUAUCUCUCUUUUUUGCUAAUCAGUGCACUUAGCCUGUUGCACUAAACAGUGUAAACUUCAGACUGAAAUAGAUCCAGCUAUUGAAUCUAUUUGAGAAAUUAUGCAGACAUUGGACAUGGUGUGCAUUAAAUGCUUCUCUGUGAGAAGCAUUUGCUUCAACACUUCUCAUGGAGUUGCUUUAAAUUGGUGAUUCAUGGCAACUGCCACAUAUGUGCCAUAUGCCAUAUGUAUAUACAUUUUUCUUCAUUAGAGGAUUCCUUUAAAUUAUAUUUUUAAUGGUAGCCAUUUUCAUAGCAAUCAGUUGUAUCCUUUUCGUCCGCUCAGAUAUCUACGUCUGCAUGGUAUCUUGCUCGCACUGUGUGGCAUCGGAUGGAAAAUACAUUGCUAUAAUUAGCACCACUGUGGAAACAGAGAACCCUGAGAAAGAGAUCCAGCCAGCCAUCAAAUUACUGGAGCCUAUUGAUCAAAAGUAAGUAGGAUUGUGUCAUUCAACAUGGUGACAUCUUAACUAGUCUUAGGAGUACCUGAAUGUACGGCCAAUUCUGACUGCUAAAUUCUACACAAGGCAUAUCUCCUAACAUUUCAAAUGAACACAGAGAGUCAUGCUGUUAUUGUAGGGGUGUAGUGUAAUGUGUGACCAGGGGGUAGAUUAUUUAAUGUGACUUAAAGGACCACUCUAGACACCCAGACCACUUCAGCAUAAUGAAGUGGUCUGGGUGCCAGGUCCAGCUAGGGUUAACCCAUUUUUUUAUAAACAUAGCAGUUUCAGAGAAACUGCUAUGUUUAUAAAUGGGUUAAUCCAGCCCUCAAAGCCUCUAGUGGCUGUCUCAUUGAAAAUCACAGUAAGAACACGCAAGCGUCCAUAGGAAAGCAUUGUAAAUGCUUUCCUAUGAGACCAGCUGAAUGCGCGCGCAUCUCUUGCCGCGCAUGCGCAUUCAGCCGAAUGGGAGGAGAGGAUAAGGAUCGGAGGAGAAGAGCUCCCCGCCCAGCGCUGGAAUAAGGUAAGUUUUAACCCCUUUCCUCUCCCCAGAGCUGGGCGGGAGGGGGACCCUGAGGGUGGGGGCACCCUCAGGGCACUAUAGUGCCAGGAAAACGAGUGUGUUUUCCUGGCACUAUAGUGGUCCUUUAACCCAUUUUUUUCUAAACAUGUUUAUAAAAAAGGUUAAUCCAGCCUCCAGUGGCUGUCUCUUGACAGCCGCUAGAGGCGCUUGCGUGCUUCUCACUGUGAAAAUCAUAGUGAGAAGACGCAAGUGUCCAUACGAAAGCAUUAUGAAUGCUUUCCUAUGAGACUGGCUGAAUACACGCGCAACUCCUGCCACGCAUACGCAUUCAGCCGAAGAGGAGGAGAAGAGGCGGAGAGGAGGAGGAGAGCUCCCCGCCCGGCGCUGGAGAAAGGUAAGAUUUUAACCCGUUCCUCUCCCCAGAGCCCAGCGGGAGGGGGACCCUGAGGGUGGGGGCACCCUCAGGGCACUAUAGUGCCAGGAAAACGAGUAUGUUUUCCUGGCACUAUAGUGGUCCUUUAAUGACCUACUGAUCCACUGAUGUAACUGAAAAUAUGAUUUUAGGACAAAUAUAGAGUGCUUUAUUUACAAUAAAAAUACUUUUACAGACUGGUAACAUGUAUUGGCAAUUAUAAUUAUGUGUCAAAAGAAAUGUGCCAACUAGAAAAAUCUUGAAGUUCCAUAGUUUUGUGUUUUGAAUCUGACCACAAACUAAAAAUGUAUUAUAGUAAAUCUUAUUAUGUACUAUCGUGUGCAAUGUAGUAAAAGGACAUAAUUUGAUUCUAAUGUAAGUUAUUUGGUAACUAGUUAUGUGUAAUAUGUCAAGCAGGCAUUUUCCCCAUUUCUUUGUGUUUGUUUUGACUAGGAUUGUUUUUUCUGCACAUAUUUAAUAUAUAUACUGUUUUUUUAAAUUACCACAGAUUUGUCACGAUAGCAGAUCAGUACAUCCCAAAGCAUGAUGGGAUCAAGAACCAGGUGAGAAUAUAAAUCCCAGAAAGGAGCAAACAUUAAAAUAAGUGAGAGACUAAUUUGUUGAGAGUAUCAUUAGGGCCAGAAGGAAGGUGAUUUGUAACAGUAACUUGUGUCCCACUGUAUCCAUCACUCUGGUAAGAUAAUAUGUGCAUCUGGUAAUGUAGUGAUGUUUCUUGAGUGUAUGGCUACCACAUUUACCCAAGCCUCUAACGACCUGUUCAAGAAAUAUUACUUGGCAACCUUUUUAUUAAUAUUAUUAUUGUUAUUUAUUUAGGUUAAUUUUAAUGCUCUAAUAAUCAUUGAAAGGGUAAGUGCUCACUGCUAGGUUUUAUACAAAUAGAGAUGUUUUAGAAACUUGAAAAUUGGGUUUCUGCACCUGCCUCUUUCUAGCAGCGAUCUGGAGUAGCCGCACUAUUAUGAGCUCCUGAGCCUUUUACAAACAACAAAGCAGAAUAUUGGUGGAAAUUAACCGCACGUCUGUCUGUAAAUCUUUUAUUCUUACCGGGGAACACAGUGGGCAGGAAGAAAAAAAGCCAAAGGCCAUAUUGGAGAGCUCUUGUAGAACUACCAAAGAACGGAAUAGGAGAAAAUGGUACUGGAAGACGAAGGUUCUUCUUACUCUUUGGAGGACCUCUCCUAUGAUCCUGGUGCGGGGACUUUGCUGAGCCUUAACCCUGGGUAUACACCCCAAACACCUGCUGCCGGUGAGCUGGCGACAGCAGAUCAGCUUAAGAGUAUGCUAGCAGAAUUGCGGAAGAACAUAGCCACAUGCAUGGCUUAUUUUAAAGACGCCAUGGAGGUGGCCACAACCAGGAUCACACUACUGGAGGCCUCAACGUGCAAAAACUACACUAGAUUCACUGCAGUCGAGCAGAGAGUGGAAGAUCCACAGCAACAACAAACCAUCACUGUGGAAAGAGUGGAUGCACUGGAGGAAUACAGAUAGAAAUACAACCUCGAAAUUCGCAGUGUACCAGAGUUUGUGAGCCUGAGUGAUCUACCGCACCUCAUAAGGUGCCUAUUUACAAUACUGCUACUGCCUAAGCUAGCAAGAAUAAUGAAAUUGCAUGGUAUGUUCCGCACAACGAAACCGGUGUCUGCACCCUGACGGCAACUGUACAUCUCAUUAUUCACUUUCAAUCUCUCCAGGAUAAAAAUUGAGUUCUCGCAGCAGCCCAUGGGAAAACUCCACUUCACUUUGAUGGUACCAUCAUAUCUUUGUUUCCUGACUUCACGAGAAGCAAUAAGUUUUCCUCACGAGAAGCACUCUCACUUGGCGAAAAGCUUUACAAAUCUCCUGCAGCAGCUAGGUGUACCAGUGGGGAACACCGAAGGUACUUUUGUUCAUAUGUUUAGGAGCUAUAUAUAGAGCAUGCAACCUACCUGAGCUGGAAACCCACUUGCACAAGCUGAAAUUGGCUGGAUUUGUAUUUUUACUUACAAAAAAAAAUUCUGCAUGUAUUUCCCACUUGCUGUAUGUGAUGUCCAAAUGUGUAACAUUUUUGUGCUUUAGCAUCAUAUUGCUGAUAUGUGUCUUACUUUAAUGUGGAAUGGAAAAAAUAAAGAAUGUAAAGAAAAAUAAAAAUCUGGUCCAGGACUACAACUUGGGUCCCAUGUGGAGAUCACAUUUUGAGGUCUUCUAUAUCAGAUGCUGUAGAAGAAGUGAAUGAGUCAUAGAAUACAGACACAAUUUUAAAAAGGUCAACUUAUUAAGGUCUUCCAAAAAACUUGAGCUCUGUUGAAGUGUCCUCUGAGCCAGUUCCAUAUAUGCCCUAUUGUCACAGAGAGUAAGGAAAUGUAAAUUGGGGAGCUCAGAAGCACUUCUGAAAAAUAUAAUAUAAAUAUAUGGAGCCUACUGAAAUAUUUUUGAAAGUCGUUUUUGGGACCUUUGUAUUGUUUUAUUUUCCAUCAUUCCAAUUUUAACGUAACUUAUCCUCUCUCCUUUGGUUCUUUUUUCUGCAGAUUUUUAUCUCACGAUCAUAUGAUGCUACAACUCACUUUGAGACAACGUGUGACGACAUUAAAGACAUCUUCAAAAGAAUGACAGGUGCUACUCUGGUCUUUAAAGACAUGUUGAGUGCAGACACAGAAAUGAUGUGA